AUGCGGACUGGUCAUUCUAUGUAUCUACUCUCCAAGGCGCAAUUAUUGGCCAGUUUGGUGGGCAAAACCAUUUUCACUUCUUUCGAGAAGUACCAAGAAGUACUUGGACAAGAUACUUGGAGAAGAUACCCCUCAUCGAAAAAUUUGGACACAAUGGAAAGAUUCGUUCCCCAAUUUCAGUCAAAGUCAGAGAGAACGGAUCCUCCGUCCACGUCAAUAACCGCAGGUUUCAAGCCUCGCCUUGAGCGCAAAACACCUUCGGCCGAUGCCAGAUUUGUAAUCUUUGAACAAGUUUGUCUUAUCUGUGGGGCCAAGAUUACCUCGUCUGUCAACUUGUAUGAAAGAUCAAAUCACUGUCUUACUCACAUCCACUCUUCCUGUACCACUAGAGCAGCUGGCCGUCGUUACAAUUUGUCUUUGGAUGGAAUUGCAAUCAGCAACGAUCUACAGUCGAUUUUGCGUGCCACAGAAUUCAAGAGAAAUGCCGCAAUGUACCAAACGGAGCUCACCGAAAUCACUCGUGCAUUGGACGCUGCCCGGCAAAGACUGAUGGUUGCAGAGCAAAGGACGAAUCAACUGUCUGCUGAGAGCAGGGAAUUGAAAGCUGAAAGAGAUCACUUGGUGAAUCAGAUCAACGCGAGAGACGAAUACGAAUUCGACCAACCCAUCGGACGGCCAGAACAUUAA